GCCACAGAGAGGAACACAGAGCCGCCGCAGACGGGCUGGAGUCGGAGAUCACCUCACUUUGCAUGAUCACAUCCGCAGAUCGUCCAGGAUCUAAAGAUGUGGACCGGCGUCGGAAAGCUCAUGCUUCUACAUUUGUUACUCAUGGAGCUCAGCGGCCACGCUAAAGGAACUCAUACCGACUCAGAGUGUGAAAUAGGGCAGUUUCGGUGCAAGAGCGGAGUGUGCAUCCCAAGCCUCUGGAGAUGUGAUGAUGACAAUGAUUGUUCAGACAGCAGUGACGAGGAGAACUGCCCAAAGAAGACUUGUGCGACCACUGACUUUGCCUGUGAAAACGGACAAUGCCUGCCUGCUAGGUGGCGCUGCGACGGAGAACCAGAGUGUGCAGAUGGUUCGGACGAGGCUGAUGCAAUCUGCAGCCGACAGACUUGUCCUCCAGAGAAGUUUGAUUGUGGAGGGGUAGCCAGCAAAUGUGUUUCUUUAUCGUGGCGAUGUGACGGAGAGAGGGACUGUGAAAGUGGAGCAGAUGAGGAGGAGUGUCCUGCAGAUGAAAAGGCCUGCCCCUCCAAAGAUUUCCAGUGCCGUAACGGAAAGUGCGUGGCACCCAUCUUUGUCUGUGACGGUGACGACGACUGUGGGGACGCCAGCGACGAGGACAAGUGCUCUUCCCCCACCUGUGGCCAGCACGAGUUCCGUUGCAAUGACUCUGAAUGCAUCCCCGCCCUGUGGAGCUGCGAUGGCGACCCAGACUGCAAAGACAAGUCGGACGAGUCCAUGGAGCGCUGCAGCCGCAGGACGGAGCCCCAGAAACCCGGCUGUCCGGGCGAGUUCCAAUGCGGCAGUGGAGAGUGUGUUCACAUGCACUGGAAGUGUGACGGCGAUGCAGACUGCAAAGAUAAAUCCGAUGAAGCAAACUGUCCGCUGCUUACAUGUCGACCUGAUGAGUUCCAGUGUGGCGACGGCUCUUGUAUCCAUGGCACCAAACAGUGUAAUAAAGUCCACGACUGCCCGGAUUACAGCGAUGAGGCUGGCUGUGUAAAUGUUACGAAGUGUGACGGACCAAAAAAGUUCCGCUGUAAGAAUGGAGAGUGUAUCGACAGCAGCAAGGUGUGCGACAAUGUAAAAGACUGCAAAGACUGGUCUGACGAGCCAGUGAAAGAGUGUGGCCUGAACGAGUGUGCAGACAACAAUGGCGGGUGCUCCCACAUCUGCAGAGACCGGAGAAUUGGUUAUGAGUGUGACUGCCCCUCCGGGUACAAACUCCUGGACAAAAAGACUUGUGGAGACAUAGAUGAGUGUGAGAACCCAGAUGCCUGCAGUCAGAUCUGCAUCAAUUACAAAGGGGAUUAUAAAUGUGAGUGCUAUGAAGGCUACGAGAUGGACCCUGCCUCAAAGACCUGCAAAGCUGUGGGAAAGAGCCCUUGCCUGAUGUUUACUAAUCGUCACGAAAUUCGUCGGAUUGACCUGCUGAAGAGUGAGUACACACAGGUGGUUCCCACCCUGAAGAAUGCUGUGGCCCUGGAUGUGGACGUCUCCACUAACAAGAUGUUCUGGUGUGAUCUGUAUCAUCGCAAAAUAUACAGUGCAUACAUCAAUAAGGCCAGCGACUCUUCGCAGCAGGUGACGUUGGUCGACUCACUCCACUCGCCGGAGGGCCUGGCUGUGGAUUGGGUCCAUAAAAACAUCUACUGGACAGACUCUGGCAAUAAGAGCAUUUCUGUUGCAACGGGAGAUGGCAGGAAGAGGAAAGUGCUAAUAGCCACCGAGCUCAGUGAGCCACGGGCCAUUGCAGUGGAUCCUCACCAAGGUUUUAUGUACUGGUCAGACUGGGGAGAUCAGGCCAAAAUAGAGAAAGCUGGGAUGAAUGGAGUGGACCGUCAAAUUCUGGUGUCUGACCAUAUUGAGUGGCCCAAUGGAAUCACUCUGGAUUUGUCCAACAGACGUCUCUACUGGGUGGACUCCAAGCUGCACCUGCUGUCAAGUGUCGAUCUAAACGGAGACAACCGCAAAGUGCUGCUGUCCUCCCAUCACCACCUUGGACAUCCAUUCGCCCUCACUGUUUUUGAGGAUCGUGUCUACUGGACGGACUUGGAGGAUGAAGCCAUUUACAGCGCAAACCGACUGACGGGUCAUGAUGUGGCUAAAGUAGCAGAAGAUCUUAACAACCCGCUGGACCUUGUUGUGUUUCAUGAACAGAGGCAGCCCAAAGCCCCUGACACCUGCAACAUGGGCAGUCUACCAAACGGCGGUUGUGAGUAUCUCUGUCUAAAGGCUCCUCAGAUCACAGAUCAUUCUCCAAAGUACACCUGCGCCUGUCCUGAUGGUAUGGAGCUCGGACCAGACAUGAGGCGCUGCGCUGUAGUGCGAAUUAGGACAACCACCACAGUAGCCCCAACCACCACAAGUACCAUGACAACAACUACAACAGCCACUACAACUACCAGCCCUGCCACCAGCACUACCACCAGGACUCCCACCACAACAAGCACUACCACUUCUGCUGCCACCCCACCGAGGACCACAACCAGGCACCACAUGACACCAAAGUCCCCUCAGACCUCCAGAAACAGCAGGAUUACCCAGCCACCUGUGACACAAGCCGCCACAGGCACAGACACUACCAGUUUGAGCAGCACCAGCCAGACGUCCACACAAACACCCUUACUGGGCCCAGUAGCCCCAGACAGCAUUCAGAGAGAGACCAAUGCUAACCUCUCCCACAGAGCUGCAAGUGAUCAUUACCUCAUAGGUAACAACAUCACAGUUGCUGUUUUGGGAAUAGUCAUUCCGAUUGUCCCUAUCCUUGCCACAGUGGUCAUUGGAUUGCUCUGCACCGGCGGCUACCUGGUUUGGCGCAACUGGCGACGCAAGAACACCAAGAGCAUGAACUUCGACAACCCUGUGUACCGCAAGACCACAGAGGACGACGAUGAUGAGAUUCACAUCGGCCGGCACAGCGACUCCAUCGGUCACGUCUACCCGCCAGUGAGUGGCAGCCACAGCCAGCCGUUCAUAGCGCUUCCACUAGGGGGCGGCGUCCCAGACAGUAACUCUCACUGGUACUCGGGGGCACCGAUGCUUUCCAGUGGCAAAUAAGGGCAUUCCAGGUGGGAAAAGGAGGUCUUUGGAAAUUUUUGAGGAUUGAGAGGAUGCUCAAGGUUCCCCAGUGGGAAGAGAGAGCAGGCUCGCACACGCACACUUCCAGAUGUUUACAUAUCAUUUUUUAGUCACUGAGAGCACCAACUAAACACACCUGUCAUUCAUCGUGCAAUGUUCCUCACAUUCACCCACAACUUUUCCAAUAUCAUCCCUCAUACCAUUUGUUUUUGCAUUGUGGUAGUUGCACCUGGUUGCAAUUGUGCUUCCUGUCAAAAUUCAUCUUCUUUUCACAAAAGGAGUUGUCGAAUUCAAGGUUUCUGUUUUUAUUUUUGCAAAUUAACUAGAUGUUUGCCACUUCAUAAAACCAACAAUUUAAAUGGAUGAUAACAAAAAAAUACAUUAUCCAAACAAUGGGACACCAAAGCUUAAAUAAUACUAAACUAAUACUCAAAACGUACAACGAAAGCUCAAAUCAGGACAAAAGACAGGCUGAAGCUAAAUUGAUUUACUUUCCCAGCUUGAGACCAAUAACUAGUAAUCUCCUCAUCACAAUCCACACAGGUAGCCUGUUGAUUUCCUGCUUAUGUGGAUGUAUUUCAGAUCGAUCCACCUCACAAUUUACUGAUGCAACUCAAUAAAUUAAGUUGUCAUUCAUUUCUGUGGAUAAAUUAAAAAAGAAAAUCCCCUAUGUAGACUAAUACAGAGUAAAUUGUUUUAUGUGUUUGUCUAUUUGCUUUGAUUACGGAACCCCAAAAUUUAGUAAACUAGAAAAUUGGAACAAAAAAAGACGUUUUAGCGCAAAGUUGUAAUGUCUAUGUUUUUUUAAAAAAAAUGUCUUGAUAUUCAUUAAAAGCUUCCAUCAGGAGCAUAAGCUCAAAAAAUUGUUGCAAAAAAUUUAGCUGACUGUGCAGAGUGGACUAUGCAAGUACUUUAAUUGAAAAUUGGCUGAAAGAAAAAGUGCUUGAAAGAAGAGGGCACAAUCAACAGGGGUAGAUACAGAGUGUUUUGAAGCAAGGCCUGUUCAGCAGUUAGAGGGAGAUUCACAAAGCUUGAACUACAGCUAUGAGUUAAUGCUUCCAGGGCAGCAGCAAACACAUGUAUUGAGGACAUGUGCUACUCCUGUCCCUUUGUCCAGAAGCAACUUCAGAAGCACCUUACCUCAGCUCAGUAUUACAUUUGAAACUUAGGUCCUAGAAUCUGCAAGAAAAGAAGCACAGAAUCCAAACUCAUUGAGAUCCAGUGUGAUAUUUCCAUGAAUUCAGCUAACUUCAUCCUACAAGCAUAGCGGAGAUUUUAUUCUGCAGGACUUGGCACCAUCCCAAUUACCAAAAGCACCAAGAGCUGCUUUAAUCACCACAAUAUAAAGGUGCUUGUUUGGCCAGCAAACUGAUUUGACCUAAACCCCAGAGCAUUCAUAAGAGAAAGAUUAGAAACACCAGCAUGAGCAAAGCAAAUGAGCUGACGACUGCUUUUAAACCAACCUGGGUUUCCUUAACCCCUUUGUAGUGCAACAUGUUGAUUUCCUCCAUGCAAUAAUCUAUGCAAAAUGACCCCUGACUAUGUACUGAGUGUGUACAUGGGUGCAACAUAUCUUCUUAUUGUUCCUCUGUUAGUCAAAUGUUUUCAGAAACUGAAUGUUUGGUUUUAAUUACCUGCCUGACAUGGUGUGUGUAAAGAAUCUAAAUAAUGUGAAAUUAACUCUUUGAACUGAUUAAUGGAAUUAAUUAACUUCCCAAAGACAGUCUAAUUUACUAGGAUGCACCUGUGCAGCAAAAAUGCAUUAUCAGGACACUCAGGUUGUUUAUUUCAUGUAGUAUGUUUAGAUUAAUAGGAAGACUUCUGCUAAGGAUAGCCAAAACGUAAUUAUUGAGAGAGAAGCAAGUGGUGUACUUUGAUCGGUUGUCAUGGUAACACUGAUUUCUUUGUGGUGCUCUGUAGAGGAGGGGAGGGGAAAGAAAGAAUUGUGGGUAUCCCUGGCACGAUGACAUGCUAGAAGCAUGCACACACACACAGGCAUAAAACAGGUGCACGAUUAAGAUUCAAGGACAAAAGAAGUGCACUGUUCAGUGAAGAGCAGGAGAGAGGCGACUAUUUUGCUCUUUCUAGCAAUUUUUUAAUCACUUACAUACAUAAAAAUCUCCUUCAUUGUGUUUGAUUUUUACACUUGAUCUCUUUCUCUUUGUUUCGUCUUCGCUCCUCUCGCCUCUUGUGUCAGGCAGGUCAUGCAGCCCGAGAAAUCUUUUUGGUAAAAUAUGGGCCAGACAUUUGCAGCCGUAAGCAAGAACGCUGCAUUCCUUGUCUACUGUACGAGCAGCCAGGGAAGGAGGGAAAGUGGAAGCUCGUUGGGGGAUUUGGAGAAACGAUAAUUAGGAAAGGUCAGGGAGAGGAGGGGUAAUUGUGAGGAGAAAGACCAGAAGAAAGAUAAAGGUUGCAUUUUUCUUUUGGUUUCCUUGUUGACUCUACUGUGUCGCUCUGUUUGUCUGCUCCCUGCUGUGGUAACCAUCUUUUCAUCUGCUGUUUACAGCGCGUGGCACUCAGUCUGGAGGAUGAUGGCUAUCCCUGAUGAGGGGGGGAUGCAGCCUGCUCACCCCCCUCCCCUUCAGUCCCUUCCUAUCCCUUCUCUCAGCACAGCCUCCGCACCACUACAAUGAGGCCAGUACAACGCAGAGGGGAAUGAGAUGGAGUCCACAUUUUGCCUCCCCCUUUUUAAGUAGCAAGGAUGACUUACACAUCUCUUCUCCUUUUUUCUGACUACUAUUACUAAGUACUACCACUUUCAUUAGUGUCAGUUUAGUAGCCUCUGCUCCACUCCUCUCUUCCUCUUCUGCUGCUUCCUAACAGUAGUGGCGUGUGAAAAUGCUGCUAGACGAUAUCCUUCACACUAACCUCAUUUGAAAAUUGAAGGCAAAGGCUGGUCACCAGAAGUGGGGGGAAAUGCCUCAUGUUUUGACUGUUUUAUUUAUUUAUACGUUUUAAAUAUGUAAUCCACAUAUGUCAGUGUGUAGUUCUAAAGGCGAGAAUACUUGAUCAAGUUUGCAUGUAUACUCUGCACAGUGCAGCAGAAGUCAAGGAUGUCAUAUUUCCUCUGGUUUCUUUAACUUUACAAGUUCAUAAGCCUUUUUUAAACUUUGAAAGGAAAAGGCCAUCUAUUAUUUGUACACUGACAUACUGCGAUGCUAAACAUAGUCAAGGGGACAGGUGAAAAGAAAAAAGGGAUGAGGUUGUCUGGAUGUUUAGAGGUGGUUUUGGGGUGAAAGAGUGGUGGAGGCAGUUUUUCUAUCUGGCUGAUUUGUGCUUCCAGAAGGUUCUGCCCCAAGGAAAAAUGCAGCAAGGCAGACAGGACAAUGGAUUGUGGGUAAUCCCUCUCUUUGUAUCAGAGGUAUGCACAGAGUCAAUAACGAGCUUGACUUGGCUGAUUAGCUGUGAUGGGUAAAGUUCAUAUAUUUCUUACAUUGUUCUGUUUGUGUUCUUUCUAGUAUUUUACUUCCUGUGACUGCCUUGGAUAUAAAUAUAGAGCUGCUACUCAGCAAUUAUGCACAAAAGACAUCAGUAAUAUUUUAAUGUUUUAAAAGAAUGUCCUGCUUUUGUAUGUUAGGAUUCUAGUGGUGUAAUUGUACAGGGAAAGACAUGUUUGAAGUCCAUAAGUUUAUCAUCUUUUCUGUAUUUAUCUUCCAUUCAGGCGCAGAUAAAAUUUUUUUCCCCUCAAUUUAACGUGUCUCACCUUAAAGUUGAUGUACUAUACUUGAUGUACUGAACUUCAUUGACCCCAUUUCAGUGGCUUCCCGGCACUUUUCCCAGUACUAUUCCUGGUGUAGCUACCAUCCUGUUAGUGCAACUGGAUGAGAUGAUGCAGAAAAACAUCCCACGUUUGAAAGACAUCAGUCGCUGCUGUCACCGAGCGCUCACUCUGGUUUUGUGUGAGCAGAUCAGUAGAAUAUCAUGCUUGGCUGAUCCUGGCACACUGAUUUGAUUUUAGAGAUGGAUAGGAAAGAAAUGUGUGAGCUAGCGUAAAGAGCCGAUAUUCCAUUGACUUGCCUCAACCGUGCUUCCAGCCCAUUGAAUCAGAUUGCGUUUAUGCCCACUGAAAACAGUAAUAAUUGCUCAUUUCAUGUUCCAGUUGUAAAUAACUGCAGGCUAUAAUUAUGGAAAUGGAAAAAUAGCUGUUACAACAAGCAACUCACUUACUCUGGACAUCAUUCAAUCAUUUGGUUCUAAACAUUAAAGAUUUGUCUUCCACCCCAAUUGUUAAACAAAUAUUUUGCAAGUUGCUUCAUUCAGUCGUCCUGUGGCUGCUUGCAGUAUUGUAGACUGAUAUGAAUUCAUUGAACUAUCAUAAAAAAGAUUACUAUUCAGGAAUUUUUUGUUUUUUCUUUUUUUUUCUUCAAUGUUUGAGUUUUAUAAAUAACUGUUUUUUUUUUAUUUAUUUUUUUUUUCAAUUGUAGACACCAACUCACUGGAUUGAACCAUUCUGCUCAACCAUAUAAAAUGAUAAUAAUAAUCAUAUUCAUUGUAUGCUAACUUUGUUUUUUGCUGGACAUUAAUAUCUAAAAACAUAGAAUUUAUUACAAGUAGUGUUUGGGUUUUUACAUUUAUUUUUUGAUGAACGACAGUUAUGUUUUGAAAGAGUGGACAGAGCUUACACCCUUAUGCUAUAUGCUGCAUCUUCAUCUUCUUGAAAUACCUUAGUGAAUUGUUUAAGCUCAUUGAUUUUGUAGGAUAUAAGAACUAUUUGAAGAUUCCAAAAUCAUGGGUCCUCCCUAAGUAGAUCUGAAAAGUAUGGUAAAAUAUCUCACCAGAUUUGUGAUUGCUGCUGCUUAUCCAUGAUGACUAUAAGGAAACUUCUAAUUGGAAAUGUGAAUUAGUGGGGAAAUGGUGUUAUUGUGACCGGUACAUGAUCUUAUUCUCCAAAUACUUAAAGUGAACAGCGACUUUAAGAGAAGAAAAGCCCCAGGUCAGAGAUCUUUGUAAUUUCUUAGCCUGAAUUGGUCUCAGACUUUGCUGACAGGACCCUGCGCUGAGUCAGCUCUGCAGCCCAGCUCUGUCCUUUCUGUUCAUGUUUGCCUCAGGACUAAUGCAGUUCCAUGCUGAGAAUUUGCAGUUAGGAGGAUAAAUUGCUUAUUUAUUUAGCUGCCUGAGCGUGACAUUGUGGGAAAGUUAUUAUUGCUACACUGCCAUAGACAGAUUGGCUGGUUCACUUUGUGGUCACCUCCAGUCGAGCCGUCUACUCUGAAGGACGCGGCGAAAGUCCAGUCUCCAGCUUUGGCUGUUCAUUUUAUCAGGCAAUAAUGUUGACGUAUAGGUCAACCAGUGACCUUUGACACAAAACCAUUCCAUGCAUACAUAUGGGGACCAUUAGGGCAAAUCAGUGCUCAAAUCCCAACAUUAUUCAUAAUUUCAGCUCAUAAACAGCAGGCAAAGGUUAUAAGGGUAAUUUCUGCCGUGUGCGUAUAUGGUGUGAGAGUUGAUUCAGUUAUUAUAAUGUAGCCACAAUGAUUACAUGAUUUGUGUUUUUUAGGGGGUUAUUUCAUUGUGUUUUUUAGUGCAACCGCAGUGUUCAGCUGAUUUAAGAAACAGAUUGAUAUCUUGUGUUAAGAGACUUGAAAUAUACAGAGCAAGCAGCUUUUUUGUGCAAUCCAGAUUGGUUUUGAUCAUUUGUAUUCAUGUCAGAAGAACGUCUUGUUUUACUUCGUAGACGGUUCAAUCUAGGCUCUAAGAAAUUUCAUUUUUAUUGUUAAGUUGGAGGGGAGAACAAAUUCCUAUUUGCUGCUCCAGAUGGAUUCUAGGUGACAGGGUAUCCAAUAAAAGCCAGGCCUUCACCAUGUUGAAUAAAUAUUGUAUAAACCUCCUUGGUAAAAACUACUAAUAUUAAUAUUUAACCUUUAAUUUAAACACAUAAAUUUGUAAUUUAUUUUUAACAACUUGUAAUGCAUUUACUUUCCUUUUUUUAAAAAGUAGGUCACCUGAAAUUCUGUUUAAAACCACUGGUGGUUUAUUUAUUAUGCGUGUUGUUAUCUCAUCGCACUAACGACUAACUUCCCCUAUUACUAAUCUUAGAAGUGUGCUACAGGGUUGACAGCUAUGUUGACUUCUUCUACUACCUUAAAAUUUAUUUUUUUGAGUGCUUUUGAACAUCGCUCCUCUUCUUCAUGUUUCAUGAAAUGGCAUCAAUCUUUCUUUUCCUUUUCAUACUAGUGAAUUUACUGUUUUUAGCUAAGAAACGGGGCAUUGUUCCAACCCAUCUUCAUCUCAGUCAUAUGUUCUCCAACAAGGGCUCUCAGUCUUUUUGUUAACAGAAUACACUGGAAGAUUAAAACCACUGGAAGGAAUAACCACGAAACCCCACAAAUAACAUGGAAAAGCUUCAGAGCGGAAAAUAAAACUUCUUUCCUGAAUAUAAACCUGCAGACCACCAAGCAAUCAGCCAGAAGAAGAAGCAGCCUCCGCUCCAGCUCCAAUUUAGAACUGUGGAAGGAAUUUCACUCCACUUGGCUGGCAUUUAGCUCUCGUUGACCCUGUUGUUGACUUUUUCCUUAAUCCACCGCUUCCUCUUUUUAUUAUAUGGGGUUUUUGGGCUGUGACUCCUCAACGUCUGUCAAUUCAUUCCUACUUGUCAUAUUUGAUCUACUUGAUGUUUGAUUACUUGAAGGGAAGUGUUCUGUUGACUGCGGUUUUCUACAAGCCAGUGUUAAAUAAAGGUUUGUGGGCAAGAAGGUUGUGGCAUCUGUUUCAGUUUGAUAUAAAUCAUUGCAGACACCUUUUUGUCUGGACAUAUAUGUGUUAAAAGAAAUUCUCCUGCUUUUGUAAGAACCACCCACUUGUAUUUUUUCUGAAAAUUGUCAUCGCCUGCAAGGAAAUGUAAAAGAAAAUUCAGCAUCCAUUCCACAUGACAGGCAUUUUUUAAACGCUGUUUGUUGCACAAAACUUUUCAAGAAGCCUUCUGCACUGUGUAAAGAGGUUACAUUCUUAGUAGAGGGGGAGGAAAUAAAGGGGUUGUGGGUGGGGUGGUGCUGGGGUCUGGCAGUUACAGACCAAUGGUUUUGAAUCAUGAAGUGUAAAUAAUACGUUUUCAUAAAGCAAAAAAAAAAAAAAAACUUUUGAUAAUGUUUUAAAUGUAUCUGUAAAAAAGGUGUAAAUAAACUUCUGGGGUUAAAAAGGAGUGUAGACUAUAUAUAAAUUUAUUUGUACACAUGAGCACUGGGUUUCUUUAAUAUUUGAUUGUAACUAAAAAUGAAUAAUCUGCCAAAGUGUUUUACUUUUUCUCCUGUUUCAUUUGUUUUAUUCUACCUUUUAACAGCAGACUGUAGUAUUUAAUUCUCUGUAAUUUAAUUUGGUUGUAUGUUUUUUUUUUUAAUGAGAAGGGGGUUAUUUAAAUUUAUUGGUGCCUUGUUUUGUGCUCCUGUAUACUUUCACUCUUUCCGUUUCUCAGUGUUGUGUGUCUGUGGGAGUUUCAGGGGGGAUUAACUUGCAGGGUUGGUGGGGGGGGGGGGGGGGCUCCAGUGGGUGGUUGGUUAAAAUCUUUAGCAACUUCUGUACUUACAUGGAAUCUCUGUACUUUAUGCCAAAAUGGUCUCACUCACCUUUCUAUGAAAUCAAACUGUUGAUAAAUCACUAUAUAUUGAUAUAUUAAAUUUAUAAAAACUG